AGGAGGUGUGUUCAGCCUCACAGUAUAGCGCUUGUUAUGAGAGCCUUCUGCCGUCCCCUUCCACAAACCUCAAUAACAAUAUCGCAGAGGCUGAGUGAGUGUGUAAGUGUGUGUGUUGGGGAGUGAGGAGUGUGUAGCACCGUUGCUGCUGCUGCUGCUGCUGCCUGCGGCUUCCUCCCUGUGCUGGAUAUUCCUUGAAGGUCUGCCUCACCUCUGCAGUGCCUAGGAAAAAAUAGAGGGACCCCAAGAGACUGAGGUUGAAGUUCAAAGAAAGAAAGGGAGGGGUGUUGCAUGUUUUUGGUAGACAGGGAGGGGGGCAGGAUUCACAGCACAUGCUAGUUUUCCAGUGUUUACAUCAGAUCCCACUCAUGAUACUGCAAAAACAGAAAUAAUGGACAAGAAAAGUGCAAAUGGCUUUGCUACCAAAGCCUCUGAGACUGGAGUACAGCGAAAACAGCUGCCAUAUUCUGUAGAGACUCCCUAUGGGUUUCACUUGGAUCUGGACUUCCUGAAGUACGUAGAUGACAUAGAGAAAGGGAACACAAUCAAGAGGGUGCACAUUCAACGUAAAAACAGGGGUCCAAAGUACAGCACACUGCCUCGCAACUUCAGCCUUCCUGGGCAUGGUGCUCGACCUCUAGCCAAAGAUACGUGGGCCAAUACCUCCACUUUAGGGUCCAAACCCAAGUCACGUGUCACUGAAGUCCAACAACUUUUUGAGUUCAGAGCCAGUGAUACCACAGGUGGUAGCAGUAGCAUCAGUGGAAGUUCUGCCGCCAGCCAGUCAAAGAUAUCUGGGAGUAGCUACCUCCCCUCGCCAAAGGUUGCAGAAGAGUCUCUAGUACAGACCUCAUCUCAGAAUGAACAAUCCAUAGGCCUCAGUGUUAGGCCUCACCUGUUAAGAGCCUCCAGUAUGCCUGUUAAUGUCCCACGCAGAAAAGGAUCAGAUUCAACUGAUGAGCAGAGUUCCCAGUCACAGAAUGGUUCAACUGAGAAGCUUUUUCGACCGGCCGAUGGAGGUGACAGGAGAGGCAGCAUUCCCCAGGACAGGGCCAGCUUGCAUCAACAGAUCACAGCUGCACUUAGAAGGGUGCGUGAGUUAGAAGAGCAAGUCCGGACCAUCCCAGAGUUGAAGGCUCAAAUAUGUUCACUUAGAACAGAAAGGGAAGGACUCUUUCAAAAAAUUCUGCAACACCAGUCUGAACAAAAGAGACCUUUGCAGCUGAAAGAGAUCGAGGUUUCUCAAACUGACUUGCAAGUGAGUGCUUUACCUUCAGUUACAAGUGGGAAGGAAGAUGCACAUUCUCUUUCCAAAGACAAGGUUGCUGAUCAUGAAAUCAUUCAUGAAGUGCCCUCUAACAAAUCCAUAGAACAGCCAUCAGAGGAACCACAUUUUGUGAUGCAGGAUAAUGUACAACCAUAUUCUGAAAUAAACAAACCUGUAACUGAUACAGAGUCAGAAAAGGAACAAGUGCCAGCUCCUGUUUCUGUCCCAGUGAUACUCAUAGACAAAGCAGAAACUCCAACUGAUCCUGAUGAAGAAGAGGAAUUUUUGCAGGAACCUACACUUCAAGAAGAAGCUUCAAAGAGUCACUCAGAGCAAGUAAAGGAGCAGGAGAGAUCAGAGAUUUUGCUUGAAGAAAACCAACCAACACUGUCACAAGGAUUUUCCGCUUCAGAAUCUGAAUGUACAUCAACUCAAGAAGUUACCAUGACUGUUCAAAGACCAAGUGUAAUUAUAAUUGAGGAAAGUACAAUAGCCCAACAUGCCCAACAGAAACUUGUCUCUAACCUGGAGCUGGAGGCAAAAAUGAAAACUUUGGAAGAAAGUUUAUGCAAGGCUAGCUGUGAACUGGAGAAGACAAAUGUCUUAUUAAGAGAAGAAAUGGAUAAAAACAGACAAAAGGAUGAGAAAAUACAGGAACUAACUGACCAAGUAAAAGAGCAGAUUCUUCAAGGUCCUAUUGAGACAGAGCCGCAACCUGAACCAGUUGUCAAAUGUGAUGCAUCGGUCAGUACAGAUAGCAAAACUGUCCUGGAGAAAGGAGUCUCAACAGAACCUCAACCAAUUGAGGAACCCAAAGUAACUGAAUCUAAAUGCUCGAGCACUCAAACAAAUAUAGUUGAAGCUCGAGACAUUGAAGUGCUUGCACAAGUCACUACAGCAGAGAAAAUUGUAGGGAUAGAGGUAGUCAUGUGUGACCAGUCAAUAGAGACAGAUGUCCUGGACAAUCUAGAAGGCAACAGUAGUCAGGAAGUCUUGGAAAUGCUAGAAAACACAGACUCUAUAAAAGACAAAGAACAAGACGGUGAUAUCAAAGAUAGUGAAUUAAGGCAGAUUACAGAUACCAAAGUCAGUGAAAAUGUUGCAGAGAGCGACACUGAAGAAUAUGUCAUGAUAGAAAGUGCCAUGGUUGAGACUUUGGCUAGUGAAAAUGAAGUUCCUGAACAGACAGUCCAAAAGACAGAAUCUGCAGAGAGUCUGGGCGUUGGAAGCACAGUAACCGAGAAAGAAAGAGAAGGAAGUUCAGGUUUGCAAACACAGCAGGAACCAAAAGAAACACAAGAACAGGAUCCCCACCCUCAAUCUCAAAGGGCAUCUGAAGCCACAGCUUCUCCUGCUGCUAUCGGACAAGUUGUUAAUCGUAUACAGGGACUUCUUAAUGAGCAGUGGGCCAGCCUGGGAAGUGGGAGCCAAGACGCAAAAGGAGAGAGCUCCCAGAAACCUCAUUCUUCCAAAAUAAGCUCCAUUCAAAGCCACCUGAGAGGGUCCCUCAGUGCCCUGUCUGCCUUUUACUCACCUGUUCAGAAAGGAGGGGCUGCACGACAAUCAGGCCUCAAAUCCAUCAUGAAGAAGAAUGACUGUCCUGACAAGCAGGGCAAUGGGGGAGCGAAGAAGAACUUGAAGUUUGUUGGCGUAAAUGGAGGUUAUGAGAGCACGUCCAGUGAGGACUCCAGUGGUGAGGAGAAUCAGGACGAGGUUGAGGAGGUGGAAAGCUCCGAGCCUGAGGUGGAGCAGGGAGAGGAGCACAGUGGGGCGGCCCAGGAGGAGGCUGCUGCUGCUGGGGUGCAGAGUGAAGGGGUUCAGAAGGAGGGGACAGAGGGCUCUGAGGAGCCUGAUGUCUGCCAGGCCUCCAUGAGUCCCCAGGAGGAGCAGCCUGUCAGUGAGUUAGUUGAUAAGAACUUCAUGGCUGCUUGUCAUUUCCUGAAGGAUCGCAUGGCAGAGGUUUCUGCGCCAAAUAAAGAAAUGAGGCAGGUUCUGAUGAUGUUGUAUCAGGAGUGGUUUCGUGUGUCGAGUCAGAAGGAUUCUCAGGCUGAGACAGUCACGCUGUACCUCAGAGAGGUGGGCUUUCACACCCCAACUCUGCUGCGCUACAUUGUGAACCUGGCAGAUGGCAACGGCAACAUGGCUCUGCACUACAGUGUGUCCCAUUCCAACUUCACUGUGGUCAAACUCUUACUAGACACAGGCCUGUGUGAGGUGGAUCACCAGAAUAAGGCAGGUUACACUGCUAUAAUGCUGGCAGCUCUGACUGCGACAGAGAACCCUGAGGACAUGGAGGUGGCACAACAACUACUGAGAAUGGGCAAAAUCAAUGCUCGCGCCAGCCAGUCAGGGCAGACAGCACUGAUGCUUGCGGUCAGUCAUGGACGGGCGACAAUGGUACAAGUUCUUCUGGACAGCGGGGCGGAAGUGAACCUUCAAGACCGGGACGGCUCCACUGCUCUCAUGUGUGCCUGUGAACACGGCCAUACCGAGAUCGCCAAAAUACUACUGGAGAGACCAGACUGUGACCUGACACUCACAGAUAAGGAUGGACACACAGCUCUGUCAGUGGCCAUGAAGGCCUCACACACAGAGAUCAUUGAUCUUCUAAACGCUCGCUCUGAUCCAGGACCAGUCACAGAUCCAGCAGCCCCGCUCUGAGUCUAGCGGCCUCGUCUUCAUCUCUACUGCCUCAACCCGACUCGCCGACCAGGCCCACGGUCAAAACUAAAGAGACUGCACUUACCAGUGAGAGAAACGGCCAAUGAGAAAUGCCAAUAACAGAUGCCAUGGAGGCUGGACUUCCCUAAAACAUCCCCGUUUGUCCUGAAGCACAGUUGCUGGAGCUACGUCCAGCAGGCGGAUGGUACAUUGUUGAUGAUACAUGUUUUGGCCUUCUAUUUUCAGGUAAUGUGACUAUAUUUUUGUUAGGGGAUCGAGCGUAAUCUACGAAUGUUGGUAAAGGAGUGAUCAGAUACACACUAUAUUUAUUUUUAUUGCACUUUCCUGUAAUAUUCUCCCCGGGGAUGUACCAAGGCCUGUUUUAGUAUAACCUAAUGUGUCUUCCUACAGUAUAUGAGGGUUUUGGGGGUCAUUCCUUUGCCUUUACAGGUGGAACAGGGAAGGUUUUACAGUCACACAGUUGUGUUGUUGAUAGUAUGUGUUCUGUUAUAGUAUCUUUAAACCCCAACACAGAGCCAAGCACUGAGAAAAGUAAACUUCAGAGGUGAUUCAGA